AUGCGAGAUAUAACGCCGUUCUUUCAAUGUGGCUCAUUUUGUGCAACAUUUCGUCAUUCGGACAAGUUCAAUGCUGGACUGUUGGUCUUGAAGCCAAAUAUUACGGUCUAUCAGGAUUUAUUAGCCAAAGCGCCUGAACUACCCACCUAUGAUGGUGGAGAUCAGGGCUUUAUGAAUUCCUACUUUGAUCAGUUGAAGUUUGCCCCUAUGUUUGACCACGAGCAUCCAAAUAAUCAGCGUUAUCAGUCGGACCAGAGGAGGCUCACGGCCGCUUUUAACUACGACAUAGCGAUGUACUAUGUCCAAGGAGGAAGGGCUUUGGUGGAGCCGAUUAUUUAUCACUACACAAUGGGUCCAGUAAAACCAUGGAUUUGGUGGACAUAUCCGCUCUUUGAUCUGAAUGAGCAUUGGCGUAAUGCCAGACAAGAAAUGGAAGAAUACUACGACACUCCAAAUCCAGACAAACAACUUCUCUCGUUUGCAAUCUUAGUGCUCAUAUGUGCUUUGAUUUUUCGAAAAGUAAGUUCAGCUUUCAGUUGUCAUUUUUUCAUAAGCUUUUCGAACAAUUUGUGUCCGUCCACGAUCGACGUUUCAUUAUUUGUUUUUGAGAUUACGAUCUUGCUUUAGAC